AUGGAACGCGACUCUCGACGGGACCGAAGCCAGUGGCGGGGGUGCCACACCUUCAAAGACAUCAUCUGCGACGGUGACACUGGCAGCAUCCCAAAACGAAACGGCGGUCUCAAAAUGGGCAGCACGUACUACUACUAUUAUGAGCUAGAUGGGGCUUCCGAGACACACGACCCGGCUCUGCCUUCCACCAGCACCUGCCCUUAUCUCCCUGGCCAGACGGUCAACACGCUCUGGGUCCCCGUCGAGCAGUCCACCCGGACUCGCAGCGCCUCGCUCAACUCGAUGAGCGACGACGACUACAAGACCAUGAACCCAGCCGACAAGUUCGUCUCCCCCCGCCCCGCCCCGCCAGUGCCCUCGCCAGAAAUGCCCUCGCCUCGCCGCGUAGGGAGUGCGCCCUUGCGUCUCCAGCAACAGCACAAGCGCUCGGCAAGAUCCCUCUCGCCGGGUUCUAACUGGACCUUCUCCCCGCGGAAGCUGUUCAGCCGCAAAGCCAGUUCCUCGUCUCUGAAGGAUGCCAUUCAGCCCCCCGCUGUGGCUGAAGACGCACGGAGCUUCAGGUCGUCCGACGGCAGCCGCUCUCGGGACAUCUCGCCCGAGUCCUUGCGCAAGUUCCUGGUCGAAGACGUGCCCCUUGACGAGGAGUCAAAGGAAUCGUCUGCAGCUCCAGUCAGCAAUGACUGGUCUGCCAUCGCCAUACCCGAGGACAUUGUCGAGGAGAACGAGGACGACGACAACUUUGCCACCUCUGCCGUGUCCGAGUCGAUGGCCUUCACCGGGCUAUCGCCUCCUCCGUCCCAGCAGAGAUCUCCCUCUCCCCAGCCAAGGCUGACGACAGACCACCAUACCGACGGGACACCUGCCGCCUCAAUACGACACGCUCCCCAGGUACCCCCGCCGCAGCUGCAAAUCCAGCAACCGCAGUCGCGCUUCUCCGUGUCCGACUCCAGCUUCUACACAAACGACUCCCCCCAGUCGCCAGACUCCAACUCGCUCCCCUCCUUCUACCAUUCCGAAGAGGACGACAACGACGACGAAGACGACGACGAUGAGGAAGAAGUGGUCGACGAGCAAGCCGAAGCCACCGCCCCGCGCAAAACCUCCAGCGCCUUCGCGAGGAGCCUGACGGCCUCUUUCUCAACCUACAGCCUCCCGCCGCAGGAAGAGAUGGCCGGCGCCAAAGCACACUCCGCCGCCGUCGUGGGUGGCUCUUCCCCGGCUAUCCUCACAACAGCGACGGCGACUAAAACCUCGGCCGCCUCCGUCCUCGCUAACAGCACCAUCCCCAACGCCGGUCUCGACGACCUCGUCAGCGAGCUGGGCUGGAUUGCCGAUAUCAUUCGUGACGGCGGCAGCGGCGGCGUCGCCAAAGGCAUCUGA